AUGAAGACUCGGCCAGGACCAACCGCCGAGCGCAAGACUAUAAUGGAACAAACGCCUGAGCCAACCUUCCCAGAAGGCACAGAUGGAAAUAUUGAUGAGCGAUAUAGAAAAAAAGGAGUGGAAAGAGGAAACGGGGAGAUGUCUGAGGUCGUAAACUUGCCGGUACCAGAUAGCGGAGUUGCUGAAAAUGAUCCUGUGUGUGGAGUUAUGGAGAGCAUACAGCAAGUCUAA